UGUUCCCAUUGGAAUGCAAACUCAGACACAGAUAUCGAAGCAGAGAAAAGAGCAAAAGCAAACGCAAAUGCGAGAAAAUAAAUCAGAUUCCUCUUCGCGUUCUCCACCCUCAUCUCGUGUUGCCUCCGAUAACCAGCGUUCGUCGAUAAAAUGUCUCGAAACGGCGACGUAGUGGAACAGAACGCGGCCCCCUCGACGACGUCGUCGUCGAGCACAAUAAGAAACAGAACAGACCCGUUCCUGGUAGCGUGCAGGUGCUUCAGCUUUUUCACCUCUCUCGCCGCCAUUCUCUGCAUCGCCGUCAACUUCCUCUCCGCCGUCCGUUCCUUCAAACACGCAUCUGACAUUUUCGACGGCAUAUUCCGGUGUUACGCGGUCCUCGUGGCGGCUUUCGUGGUCCUCGCCGAGACCGAAUGGAGCUUCAUCUUAAAGUUCUCCAAGGUUUUGGAGUAUUGGGCUGCCAGGGGUAUGCUGCAGAUCUUUGCUGCAGUCAUGACAAGGGCAUUUCCUGACUAUAUUGGAGACCGAAGGGACCUCUUUCUUCUUCAGAGCAUAGCGAGUUAUUUGCUACUUGGCUGUGGCGUUGUUUAUGUUGUUUCAGGUAUCCUGUGCAUUGGUUUUCUUAAACGUGCCCGCCAGAAGCAAGAGAUUACAAGAGAGCAAGCAACCAAGGAUCUGGAGGAGUUGGAACGCCGCAGAGAGGAGCUUGAACAACUACUGCUUGCUGAUAGAGUUUAAAACAUUUUGAGCGUAGCGCUGAAAUUAAUCUGCAGUGAAGAUAAGUCUACUGCAAACCUAUGAAUCUCUGUUUAUGUUAGUAUUGCUUACAAAAUUGCAUGUUCAUUCUUUGUAACUAUUGGGUUAUGUUCUUAGAUGUAAUGUUAGCCAUUAAAGCUAGGCUAUUUGGCCUGUUGUUUGUAAAUAUAUAAAGCAAUAUUUAAAAUUGUCUCAGAUUUUAUAGAGGCUUGAAUUCAAUUAUUACAGACGUUAUAUAAUUAACUCUUCAGUUUGUAAGAGCAGUUUCUGUUGUAAAAGUUAAAUUUUGAUUCUGUGAUUGGUUCAAGGUAUUUUGAACGUAGAUCAUAUUAAUUCACUAAUGUUACAUCUAAGGAUCAUAUGAGAACUGAUAUUAGAAUUUUGUGUAGAACGUUGUCAUUAUCAUCCAGUUUUUUGUUCUUAGUGUCCGGGGGUACGUAUUCACUGAAUAAGUAUGAAACUAAUAUCUCAAUGUGUGAUCAAGCGCUAAAGUGAAGGUCCUUCCCAACAAUUUUUUUCUUUCAGACGCGUGAAUCUCAACAUUGAACUCAAGACAGGAAAAAACUCUUAAAAACGGUCUUCUAUUUAAUUCAAGAACAAAUGCAUCUUGCAUUUUCUUUUUAAUAACUUUAUCCUUGGCUAUUGUACGAGGGACAAGUGCAAUGUGUCAAUAAGAGAAAAAAGUGGAGUUCUACCUUCAGGGUAAUCAUUGGAAAUUUUCAACCAUGUCCUAUAAAUAAUCAUCUAUGGGCAAUGCUGAAAUCUCACAUCAACAAAACAAAAGAUAUGAUCAAUAUAGUCCUUAUAAGGCUUGUGCAAUUAUUAUCUUACAAGCCAAUUUUGUGAGUUUGAGUUAAGCUCUAAACCAAAUCCUAAGAUAAAAGCAUGCAUCUUUAUUUGUGCACUUUUACAGUAAACCAAAUUGUCUGAAUUUGUUUACUCAGUUGAAAUCUAAAUUCUCAACUUCAAUAUUAUAUCUUAUGUAUCAUAUUUGGCUUCUCGUAGUACUAUGUAAGCUAUUUCUGUUUGCUUUGUUGAGAUUCUUAUUAUAGUAGAUAAACAUUUAACUUUCAUAUUAAAAAUGCUCCAGGUACACUUAAAUUUUCCUCCUGGGAAUUGGGAGUAAUAGAGGCAACAGAUUUGAAAUCGUCAAUCGAUGUGGUUCUGAA